CGGGCAUGGCAGUUGGCACUGAAGUCGGCCGGCCAGAUUGUACAUCUACAACAGAUUAUUAAGGAAAAAAUUUAUCUCUCGCUGAAUCUGAAUCUGAAUCGGCCGACGUAUCCUGGCUCCGUAUUUCUUCGUUGCCGACGCCGUUACUCCGGGCGAGCUAUCAAGACUCCAGCAGCUAACUUCUUGGCUAUUGUUGCAUCAUUAUAUCACAAUCAUCUGCAAUUUAAACAGAAUAAUGAAUAACUAGAAAACUUUGCCAAACACAACAACCUCCGGUUUUGCUGUCAACUGCCAAAUCUGGAAAGGAAAGGAGACAAAGAACAAGUUAAGAGAUGGUGAGGGGGCUGCAAAAAUGGCAAAAUCUAUCUGCCAUUGGCCUGAAAGUCCGCAAGGAUGUUGUUUUUAACCUAUGUCUCUUACAUAAUGGACCGGACACCAUAGAGGAGCUACUGGAUAGACACGUUAUCAAAAAAGAGAAAUCAUUGGAUGAUGAAGAGGAAGAAUUGCUGAUUCAGCGCCGAUUAACCAGCACUCGACGAGAGGCAUUGAGUCUUUAUCGAGACAUUAUUCGGGCUAGCCGGUUCUUCAUGUGGACUGAUACUCGGGGCAUAUUGUGGAGAGACAUCUUGAGAGAGAAUGCGAGGAAGGAGUUUGAGGAUGCACGAUUUGAGACAGAUCCAGAAAUCAUUACCCGGUUGCUCAUUGGUGGGCGUGAUGCAGUACAAUCAGCUCUCGAGAAUCUCGCCGAAAAGCAGAGGCAACAGAUUGAGAAGCAACGAAGUGGUGGGGACCAACUGUAGUGCAAUCCAUAAAUCAAGGUUUAAAGAGAAGUAGCUCAAGCAGUACUUGUGGAAACUAAUAGUGGUUUUUAUCAUAACACACCUAUCAUUGUGAAACCAUGUAGUACAAAAUUUGGGACAACAGUAACUUCUCUAAUGAGGCAAAGUUGAAGUCUGAACAUUGUUAGAUAGUUUUUGGCUAGAUCCUCCAUAAACUCGGCUGGGUGCUAUUAAUUUAAUUGAUAAGAUCAAGAGGAAAAGGAGUUGGAAGCGAUGGAUGCUGUUAUCCCACAUCCUGACUUGCUUUUCCUAUUUUAAAUCGCGCAAUGCUCAAAACAUACUUGUAUUGGUAAAGCUCAACACUUUCCCUCGAAGGAUUUGUAAACAUCCAUGCAAAUAUGAGUAUUGUCGUCAGUUAUUUUUGUUGCCUAAACCAAAAGAUAAAUCGGUUUGAUAAGUUAACGUAUGUAGCCUCUGGUUGUGAAAUAAUAGUACAAAACUUUCACA